AUGACGUUUAAUCCGCGCAUGUCGAUAAUACCGCCGUCGCAGACCCAGUCGCGCACGACGCGCAAGAAGGAGGAGGAAGCCGAUGCCUUCAUGCGCCUGCCAGACAAGGAAAUUGUAGGAUGUAUCACCGACAUUGGUAUUCCCUUCACCGUCGCCGACCUGUCAAAGCCGAACCCGUUGCAGGUCCAAAUGAUUUUCGAAUGGUUCGCCGAGCUGCUGCUCAAUGCGACACGCGACACCGUGGAACCUGCCAUGCGCGCCGCGGCUGAGGACGUCUGCGGCGAGUACCUCGACAUUGUGCCGCCGGAUACGCGCAACCUCAUGGGCUUCUACGUGUCUUUGCGCAAGCUGCUGCUCGAGUGCGGCAUCACCGACUUUAGCUUCAUGGACCUGUACAAGCCAACUCGCGAGCGACUCGUCAAGAUCUUCAGCUACCUCAUCAACUUCGUGCGCUUCCGCGAGAGCCAGACUAACGUCAUCGAUGAACACUUCAACAAGGCGGAGCAAACCAAGGCCCGCAUCGAGGCACUGUACGGUGAGAACCAGGACAUGGAGGUGCGGCUAGCCGACAUGAAACACAACCGGAAGGCAAUGGAGGCACAGGUACGCGAAAAGACGGCGCGGAACGAAGAGUUGAAGAAGAAUCUGCUGGAACUGCGGCGCAAUCAAGAGAAGGUGGCUGCACGAUUGGAGGAGGCCAAGGCGAAGAAGGGCGAGCUGGCACAAAGGCUGGAAAACAAGACGGCGGAGAAGCUGCAACUCAGACAGGAGAGCGCCAAGUUGCGACCAUAUACAUUGCAGAGUCCAACAGUGCUACAGACGAGCCUAACAGAGCUCAACAACACCCUCAGUUCGGAUAAGGCGCAUAUCGAUUCCCUCGACCGAAGGGCUCGCGCUCUGCAAACCUCGGCCGACUCCUUUACCGUCGUCGCGGCAGAUGUCGCUUCAUGUAUCAAGCUGUUGGACGAGAUCGCGGGCGAACUUGCCAAGGAGGAGGACGAGAACGCUAAGAACGCGAGACAGCGCGAUGCUCUUUCGGAACGAGGCAACAGCGUUCGUGAGGUCGAGCGAACCGAGGCUCUGCUGUCACGGCAGCUGUCGAAGUGGAAUGAGCGAACAGAGAAGCUUCGCGAUCACAGCCGAGAAAAGGCGCAGGAGGCCAAGGAGAAAAUGGAGGAACUGCGGGCACUGCACAGAAAAUUGACGGAAGAGCGUGGGGCGAAGGGAACCGAGAUUGAGAGACGACGUGUGCGCAUCGAGCAGACUGAGAAAAAGAUGUUGGAUCUCAAGGAGAACAUCGAGAACGAGGUUCACGCCGCCUAUGACGAGUAUCUCAAGAUGGAAUCUCACAUCAAGCUGUACAUCACCGAGAUGGAGCAGGCCAUCUGA